AUGCGCUCAGGUCUACUGGCUGCAGCUCCGGCUCGUUCACAGCACAAGGCCCUCCACCAAGCCUUCACCAACUGCUCUAGUUGCUUUAACUUCUUAUGUCUUAAUAAUAUUCCCGGCCGCUCCAUCUCUCCCACUGCAUUUCUCGCCAACUCUUCCGAGGAGCCUAUCCUUCCGUGGCUUGCGUGUCAUGGUCUUCUCGACACUACCGCGACCUGUGCUACUUGCGGGGAGCCCAAACGCUUUUACAACAAACGCUCUCAAACCGGUUUGUAUCUCUGGUACUUCCGUUGUGGUUCCCGCCGUUGUGGUUCACGCCGUUGUGGGAAGACUUCCAUGUCCUGUCGCUCCGGUAUUUGGGCUCAGACAUCCACUGCGUUCCGAAAGAUGCUCGCUGCCUUCAUCGCCAUCGUCCUCGGCGAUCCCGUUGCCAAUGUUGUCCGUAACUGUGGCGUUUCUAAGAAGACUGUGACAUCAUUUGCUGGAUUGGCCGGUGAAACUUGCAACCUCUCCAACUCUACUGAUCGGCGAUCAGUGAUCGCCAACACCACUCCUACGACUACGUUCAGUUAGAUGAGACCGCUUUCGGCCGGCGCAAGUACCAUCGCGGUAGACGCCAACGCCAGUCUGGCUCCUUGUGGGUUCAGACUGUCGCUGGUAUAGAUCCUGAGAAUGGAAAGGAUGGAUACCUGAUUUAUGGGUACCCAUAAAGCGAUCUCAGAUCGCUAAACCUCUCUGGCGCGGGUACAUGUAUAAUCAAUAGACUAC